CAGACGACAAAAUUACAGGAUGGUGGCGAAUCUUCCACUCUCCAGAACCGUCAACAAGCUCGGUGGUCCAGGGCAGACUUCAACAUCAUUCAGGCUUCACCAUGGAUAAGGUGUCACGGGCUAUAUAUUACCUUCGGACGGCCGUUCGCAGAAUGUGUCGAGGACAACCUCUCGUUUGCAAUCGCCACGGGACCGAGCUUGUUACAUCCUUUCAAGACAUUUGCUAGCAAUGACAGCCUCCAGCGAGUUUAUCAAGCCCAGCUCAUCCAAGUAUGAGACGGUUGGCACCACCAUCAUCCCAGCAACCAUAAUCCAAGCAACGAAUGUCGAGGCGAGAGAACUCAGAUCCAGAUUCAGUGUCCUGGCGGCAAUUGGCAUCCAGUACAGUAUUACUGGCACGCCUCUGGCCAUCGGCAGUUACCUUGCAUUUAUCCUCGGGGCUGGAGGCAGCCCGUUCUUCUUCUAUGCCUUCUUGGUCGCCUCUGUGGGACAGCUUCUUGUCUGCACAAGUUUGUCUGAGAUUGCUUCAGUAUACCCGCAUGCUUCUGGCCAAGUCUAUUGGACGGCGGCUCUCUCGCCCCCGAAAUGGAAGCGCUUUCUCAGUUAUGUCAACGGCUCAGCUACGUCUCUUGGCUGGAUCUUCGCUAACACGGGCACCUUCGUGCUCUCUGCCCAGAUCAUAUCGGCGGCUGCACAAGUCGGAUUUCCCGAAUACAAGGUCAAGCUUUUCCACAUAUUUCUCAUGUCGCUGUCAUGUGCCACGCUCGGAUUGAUUCUAAACAUCUGGCUUUUCAACUUCUACCCACAUAUGACAAAGUUCAUGGUUGUUUUCAUCAAUUUGGGAAGUGUCUAUAUUCUCGUCGCACUUCUAGUGCGCACUCACCCGAAGGCAUCGGCGCACACCGUUUUUGUCGAAGUGAUCAAUGCGACUGGGUGGAGUUCUGAUGGACUCGUCUUCCUACUUUGCUUCCUACCAGGCUACGUGGCUGUCAGCUCUUUUGAUACGGCAGCUCACAUGAGCGAGGAAAUGGACGCCCCGGACCGCCAGGUCCCACUGGUCAUGAUGGGUAGCUCUAUAAUGAGCGUGCUGACGGGUAUCCCUAUGAUCCUGGUGUACCUCUUUUGCUCCUCACAGCCGGAAAGACUUCUCUCGCCGGUGGGCGGUCAGCCGAUCUUUCAACUCUUCCUGGACGGCUUUGACUCAAAGGUGCUUUUCACAAUUGCACUAGUCAUAUACUGCCUUGUUUAUCUUUCGUCCUGUCCGGCGACUAUAGCGACGGGUAGUCGUCUUAUCUGGUCCUUCGCCAAACACGGCGCUCUGCCUUUUCCUGAAUGGGUGGGCUAUGUCGAACAACAUAGCCAAAUUCCGACCAACGCCGUCUACCUUACGACAAUCACCUCCGCGCUAAUCGGCCUCCUUAUGUUCGGGCCGUCAACCAUUCUCAACGGCAUAUUCGGUGCAUCCGCGGUGUGCUUCUUCUUCUCUUACGGGUUGCCCAUAUGGUUAAAUGUCGGAACCCGCCGCCGUCAUCUUCAUCCACAACGCUACUUCAACCUUGGAAAGUUCGGCUUCUUCAUAAACUAUCUUGCGAUUGCUUGGCAGAUUCUGACCGUCAUAUUCUUGAAUUUCCCCACCUACCAGCCAGUCACCCCUACCAACAUGAACUGGGCGUCUGUGUGUGGAGUGACAGGUUUGGUCAUCUUCGGGAUAAACUGGUUGGUGUAUGCUCGCACACACUAUCAUGCUCCUCAUGCAUUGUUUGUUGAACAUCUUGCUGCUCGGCUGCAAGUCGCCGAGAAUGUGGAAAGAUAAAGGGCUACCAGUUUCGAAGUCAGAGAGGGUGGAAGCACUAGAAAGGUUGGGAAAUUGUGUGACGCCGGAAAACAGCCAUUGCGCGGAUCAAGACGAUGAUUAACUCGCGGCAUGAUUGUAACUCAAUGCAAUUUCACGGGAAGGACAUGAACCUGACACAGCCAGGCAAUCUUGGUGCUCGACUUGUACACAUGAGCAAGGACAAAUCACCACAUCGCGGGCCCGAAAGAAUCUUCAAUGUAUCUGAUAGACGCAGCAGUCGCCGGAGCUUUUCCUGGUAAAUCGAAGAAUACUUACGGAAGCUUUUCCCAAAACUGAGUCUGCCUUGAAUGUGAGCGCAACAAGGUGGUAAAGAGUUGUACCACCAUAGCGUCCUUUGGGUAACGCCAGCCUAGCUACUUUAUUGUGAAAAACUAGUUCUCAUUACAUUAUCAGAUUCGAUAAUGUACAUGAUGCGCAACUGUUUCACUGGCUGGACGCUACUGAGUCGACCGUAAAUAUGCCAUUGGUUCAAUACAUCCCCCUAAAAGCUCCCUAAAGCUUGCCAGUGCGUUCAUGCUUGAGCUCUCCAUCCACUUCUUUUGCGACUAGCGUGGCAGAUUCUAUUGCGCCGUCGAUAAAGCCUCUCCAGCCGUCAGAAAUGUCGCCACUGGCAAAUUUCAAGUUUCCCACACCGCAUUGCAACAGGGAUAAAUAUCGAGUCAUAUAUUUUGGCUGGAAUAGACACCAACUGCCCCGUGCAUACGGGUCAUUGUUAAAGUCGCCAAACACCUGUGGGAGGGAUCCAUAGACUGGAACACCUCCAGCUGCUCUUGGGGAUUCUCGCGUGGUACACGACCGUCUCCGGCAGUGAAAACAACAAGAUUCGUGGUGGUUGUCGAGUUGGAGUAAGGAUCGCCGCUCAUCAUUGUCACUCCGUUGUUCACGAAUUUCACGCCGGUCCACGAGCGCCAUUCCUUCCCGUCAACCACUGCGUGGACUUUCUGCGUGAGAUUGGACCUUGAGCUGGCAAUCGCUUCCGCCUUCGGGAUCGGCAGUUCCGGAACGAAUUUAAUUGUUCUGAGGACCAUCAGGGGGAUGGUACAAAUGACCUUGCGAGCAUGGAAGACAUUGCCAUUCGCUGCCACGACAGAUGCGACCUUGAGACCAGACGUAUCAAUCGAUUGAACCGGGGUGGAAAAUGUCCAAGAUAAGUUCGGGUUGGAGCUGAUUUCAUCGAAGAUGGCCCGGAGAAGGGACGUCUGACCUCUUUUCAACUUGUAGCCGACCAUGCGGGCGUUGUAAUCCUCGGAAGUCCCCCCUCCGAGUACCCAGCGCUGAAGAAGGUCAAAGUAGCUCGCUUCUUCAAGCGGCGGACCACACAUUGCCAUCGUGAAUGCUUCUAUCAUGGCGAUCUCAACUUCGUUCAAUUCACCUUUUAAUUGUGAAAAUCGGUCGGCAGCCGACAUUUUGUCGAAGUGGACUGCCCGAGCGAUGUUUGAAAGUGGACUAUGCGGCAGCGGAACUACAUCAGAGGCUCUCUCGCCGUCCGGGUUGUAGUAAAGUUGCAAGCAUUUCUCCAGAAGGUUAUGCUGUCAGGCUCCAGGACAGAUUAGUGGUCAUUUUCCUAUAACCUAGCCCGCAUUCAGGGGGUGGAGCAGGGUUGAAUUCAGUCGUACCAGUUCAUGGGGUUCCCAUGUCUUUUUUUCACCAUUCAAGAAAGUCACAGGUAGAGCCGAGCCUUGGAAAUAUUCCCGGCAGUUCUUGACCUCAUUUUUCAAGCCAUAGCGGACUAGCUCUACCCAAAAGUGAGGUUGAGCCCAAUGAAUGUAGGUACCACCGAUAUCGAGAUAGUCCCCGUUCUCGGUCUGCGUGGUCCAAGUACGGCCGCCGAUGCGGUCACGAGCCUCGAUUAGGAGUACUUUAUAGCCUGCCAGGUGAAGGAGCAUUAUCA